AUGAAUAAUUUAAAUCCUACUGCAAUCAUUAAGAAUAAUAUUGGAUCACCAUUAAAAUAUUAUACGGAAAAUAAUCGUAUAAUAAAUUCACCAUCUACAUCUUCAUUAUCAAGGAGGGCAGUAGAUGAUGAGAAGAAAAUUCCUUUAAUUGAAAAUAAAGAGGAGGAAGAUUUUGAAGAGUGUAGUUGUUUGGAUGAAAAUAAAAAAGCAAUGAUAAAAAGAUUACAAAUAAUUAUAUUGGCACAAUUUGGAAUGUUUAUUGGUUCAACAAUUACAAUGAAAAGAAUUAUUCUUCUUGGAAAACAUUCACCAAUAUGGUUUAAAAUAUCUACACGUAUUAUAGCAUUUACAAUAUGUUUAAUGACACAUUUCUGUUGGUUAACAUUUUAUAUCAAAUCUCCUGAAAAUUCAUUUUUUAUAACAUUAUGUUUUAUUGCAUUUUCUAUAUAUUUACAUUUUAAUUUUUUAAUGUUAUUCCUUUUAAUUAGUGAAUAUAUUGUAUUAUGUAUUAUUUCAUUAACAAGACAACGAGUUGUUACAAAAUUUAUUCCUGAAUACUAUAGAAAUAUUAUAACUAUUUUUGGAAUCUUUUUUUCUAUUAUUCUUACAAUACAUGGAUAUACUGUAACUAAUUCUGAUUAUACAUUAAAAAGAAUUGAUGUCAAAAUACCUAAUCUUCCUCCAGAAUAUGAACAUUUUUCUAUUGUCCUUCUUACAGAUAUUCAUAUUGGUCCAACUGUUUACAAAGAUCGUGUUAAAAAAAUGGUUAAUACUGUAAAUAAAUUAAAUCCUCAUAUGAUUGCAAUAUCCGGUGAUUUAGUUGAUGGGUAUGUUGAAUAUUUAGGUGAAAGAGUUAAAUUAAUAAAUAAUUUAAAAUCAAAAUAUGGAACAUUUUUUGUUACUGGAAAUCAUGAAUAUUAUCAAGAUAAUAUUGAUAAAUGGAUGAAAUUUUUUGAUAAUAAUGUAAAUAUGACUAUAUUAAGAAAUUCAAGACAAAUUAUAAGAAGAAAUAAUUCAAAAAAUGUUAUUUGUGUAGCAGGAGUUGAUGAUAUCUUUUCAACAAAUAUAAAAGUUCCUGGUCAUGGAACAGAUGCUAAAAAAGCAUUAGAGGGAUGUCCUGAUACUAAUUCAACAAAUAUUUUACUGGUACAUCAACCAAAUGCUGCAAAUGCAAUAUUAAGGUCUUCAUUAAUACGUACAAAACCGGUUCAUCUUACUCUUUCUGGUCAUACUCAUGCAGGACAAUUUUAUGUUGUAUAUCCAAUAGCUUGGCUUUUAAAUACCUAUAUUUCUGGUCUUCAUACAGUAAUAGGAAAUUCACAAAUAUAUGUUUCAGCAGGUACAAACUUUUGGGGACCACCAAUUAAACGUUGGGAUUCUUGUGAAAUAACGUUGAUAUCAUUAAGAAAAGAGUAA